AUGGUGUUCUCACUUAUAAAGUCGGUUUAUAAUUAUUUUUUUGCCAAAUCAUCUUUUGAGGAAUAUGAUCGGGAGAUGGAAAUUUAUUUAGCCGAAGAGCUGACAAAACUAGAAUUCGAUGAGGAUGAUGAUAUUGUGCAAAGAACAGAGCCUGAUCAUAAUCCCAGUGACUGUUUUCAAAGGACUGGAGUCAUAAGUUACAUCAGCGAGAAUGCAAGCUAUGUGCUUAUUGAUGGAAUGUUCUAUUUCAAUAUGGAGGGGUGCUCAAUCCACCUAGCUCUAAACGACAAGGUUGUGUAUUUGUGCUACAAGGAUGCGCAAGAAUCAAUAGUUGUUGUCCGAAUACUACAAAAUCUGGGAGAACAUUGGGGUGACUUUGAAGUUGAUGUUGAUGAGCGUGGUUUUCCAGUUAGGGAACACGUUAUUGUAGGUGAAGUAGAAUAUAGGCAGGACCGCUUGGUGAUUAUAAAAGACAGUGAUCUCACAUUCAGUCUGGACAAGGUGGUUGCAACUUUUGUGCCCGUACAGGGAGACUUAUUAGAGCUAAUGUGCAAAGUAAAGUAUGAUGAAGACAACCCUUCAGAUGUAUCCACCAACCAGGUUGUAGAAGUAAUUUCAUUCAGACCAUUGAGAAGUAAAAUGAUAUCUUCGGAAAUAAAACAAUGGAAUGGGAAGGAGGGAAUUUGUCACAACCAAAUAUAUUUUAAUACAUCAACAUGUAUCAUCAAUGGUGGAGAUCCACAUGUCGGAGCUAGGGCUUUUAUUGAAGUCAUAGAGAGUAACCAAGGUUCCUGCACAUGGAGAGUUCUAAAAAUGGAAAUAACAGACAAAGCAAAAGUUGUACAAGAAACUAAUGAAGUCGAUGACAUAGAAAAAAAUAGUCUAGAGAUUGAAGCAAAUAAUAACAUAGAGGUGACUUACCCUUUAAAGUUUGACAAUGUCCGUUUCCAUGAGAGGCCUCAAAUAAUACUGUCCAUUACGAACAAAAAUAGCCAACCAAUAACCAUGUUCAAGUGGAUGGUACUUUGCAGGAAAAAGGACUCACAAAUAACCAUGUAUCCAGUAUUACCAAAGUACACCAAACUGUAUCCCAAUGAACCAUUCAAUAUAACAAUUGAUUGCCAUCCAAAAUUUUAUGGCAAAUCAAAAGAACAUGUGAUAAUUACAUUCAAAGGAUUUAAAGUUGAAAGAUUGAUUGAAAUAAAUGUAUUAAGUGAGUUAUCUUCAAGUGAAGAUGCUAACUUUAAGUUUAAAAGAGAAUGUAAUACCAAUAACACUAGAACCGGAUUUAGAAGAGGAGAAGUCAAUUACAUACCUGGAAUACGACUAGCUAAGAAUCCUAACUUUAGAACUGUAAGAAUGGGACAAUAUAAUAUACCAGAGAAAGUUGAGUCUGCUAUUAUGGGCGACAAUGAGAGAUUAACCCGCAAAGAUGUAUUACAAAAAAUUGAAUACAGUUUUCCUUGUCUCAUUCAAAAUUUGAAUGUCUCAAACUAUGUGGAUAAAUGGCAUACAUUAUUGUACAUGGAAGAAAUUAAAGCAACAAUUAAUGUAAAAAGUUUCAACUUAUCAUCCACGUUUCUACUUAGAAAUCAAGAAUAUCUAAGCCUUGAAAUUAAAAAGUUGGCUGAAAGGAGGCCCUCUCUUAUUGUUGGUGACAAGGUUCUAGUUACUGAUAUAUGGGAUGAGAAAUCUUAUACGUACGAAGGCUUUAUCCAUGCUAUUCGAGGAGAUCAAGUACUAUUUAAGUUUAAUCCUAGAUUUCAUGAAUCUUACAGAGGAAGUGAUGUUUCUGUAGAAUUUUGUCUUAGCAGAGCUUCAUUCAGAAAAUUACACCACGCCAUCAGCAAGGCCCUCUCAACACUAGGAACAGAUGUCUUGUUCCCCUCCCGCUUAAUUUGGCGCCCACCUCAAUUACCUUUGGAAAAAAUUAAUAAGUUGCAAUGGUUCAAUCCAAACUUGAACUAUUAUCAAAAAAAGGCAAUAUCAAACAUCCUAAUGGGGGAAUGUCGUCCAAUGCCCUAUUGCAUAUAUGGCCCACCAGGUACUGGAAAAACUGUCACUGUUGUAGAAGCUCUAUUACAGAUAAUCACGCUUAUACCUGACAGCAGAAUUUUAGUUGCAACACCGUCAAAUAGCGCUGCAAAUUUGAUCACAGAAAGACUGUUACAAUACAGAAAAUUGUUUUCAAGUUCUGUUAUCAGACUAAUUGCAAACUAUAUGGUAGAUUCUGAAAACAUUCCAGACGUAGUCAAACCAUACUGUGCAGUUUUAAAUAUAGCUAGAGAAAACACGUCAAUGUCAAAUCAUGCCAUUGUUGAUAACGGCAUUAAUAUGAAUGUACCGUCAUCCUAUGUGGGGCGAUAUCGAGUUACUAUUGCGACAUGCAAUUGUCUCGGGACGCUUGCGUUAAUGGAGUUACAUAAAGGACAUUAUACACACGUUAUCGUAGAUGAGGCAGGGCAGGCUAUAGAACCCGAAAUUAUGAUCCCCAUGACUUUCGUAAACAAAGAUAGUGGACAAAUUAUUCUGUCUGGUGACCCAAUGCAACUUGGGCCAAUUGUGUUGUCUGGGUAUUGUAAAGAAUACGGUAUGGAUAAAUCAUAUUUGUCUAGACUGCUUGAAACAUUCCCUUAUCAAAAGGACUUUGAUGCCUUCGAAAACGGAUUUAAUGAAAAAUUGGUCACUCGACUGUCUGAAAAUUAUAGAUCUUUGCAAGAAGUCAUAAAAAUGCCCAGUGAAAUGUUUUAUGAUGCAUCUUUAGUGUCUAGAGUUGACCGAAAUGCACCGUUCGUCACGAAAAUCAUCGACGUUGUGUCAGAAAUAUUUGAAAUGCCCGAAGAUUCUAAAGCAGGCGGGAUCUACGUGCAUGGCGUUAAAGGAAAUAAUGCACGAGCAGUGGAUAGUCCUUCCUGGUAUAAUCCCGAAGAAGCUUCUAUGGUCGCAUUGACUGUUUGUAAAUUGUAUAAGAGUAAUGUAUCACCAGAUGAAAUUGGAAUAAUUGCACCCUACGUCGCUCAGAUACGACAUCUACGGCGUUUAUUUGAGCAUAUGCAUUUGGAACGUCCUAAAAUCGGCACCGUUGAAGAAUUCCAGGGUCAAGAAAAGUCACUUAUAAUAAUAUCUACAGUAAGGUCAUCUAGUAACCUUAUUGAAGACGAUCUACAACACUCAUUGGGAUUUGUUCAGAAUCCAAAAAGGUUAAAUGUUGCGCUAACGCGAGCACAGGUAGCAGUGGUGUUGAUUUGCGAUCCAAAUUUGUUGUCACAUGAUCAAAAAUGGAACAAAAUCAUAACUCAAGCCAUCAAGGAAAACAAAUACAUGGGAUGUGGUUUUUCUGCUUGUAUGGAGGUAGAAGAAUGA